CCUCUAAACUAAUCAUAUCAUUGUUUCAAACUUUGUCAGAAGAGCGUUCGAGAAGCAGAAGCAGUGACUCCAGUUUUGAGGCUAUUUACACAAAGAACAAAUUCCUUGACGAAAGGGAUGCUGCUGUUGUUGUCAGUGUCCGUGCUGUAAAAGCUAAUCAGAAAGAUCUGGGAUACCAAGUUGUUGUUUAUGUUGACAAACCAAAUGCCAGACUUCAGAUCAUCCUGUAUCCUUUGUCUGGAAGCAACUGGAAACUGUGUGCUGAUGGAGUUUUGCUGAGCAAGCACAAAGUCUCUGCUAAGCUUGCCUGGGGAGCUGAAUGCAAAGAGUACAGCACCAUGAUCACUGGUGAAACUGGUCUAGUCAGUUCAAGUCCUGCCACUCGCCUCAGAGUGUCCUGGGAAAAACUACCCUCCUACGUUAAACGCUAUGCAGAGAAGGCUUAUGACUACAUGCCCAACAAAAUGCUGGCUGACUUGAUCAAAGCAAAGAGUGGAAAUAGCACCAGGCAGCUUUCUUUCACUAUUGUUGCAGAAUCUGAGAAGUCCAUUGAACUUAUUGCAAAAACACCAAGGCGCACUUCUUACAACAUGACUUUGCAUCUUCCCAUCACCCUUCCACUUCAAGAGCUCAAAACCCUUACCCCCUUUGAGGAGGUUAUUGAUAAAGCCCACUAUGUCUUUGCUAAGGCUGUUGCAGUCGAAUGCAGUUUGAACAAUGACACACUCAGAACAUUUAACAACAGAAGAUACAAGAACAAGAUGCCAGAGUCUUGCUACCAGGUUCUUGCAUAGGACUGUACUGAGGAGCUGAAAUUCAUGGUCCUACAAAUGAAAGACUCCACCCAACAGAACCACCUUAAUGUGAAGAUUGCUGACAUGUGAGUUAUUG